GGGACCAAACGAUGGCGGAGUAGAUAUAAUUUGUGAUAUUAGAGGAAUUAAGCUCAUAAUUCAGUGCAAAAAUUGGACCAAUUCAAUAGGACCCGCCAUCGUUCGUGAGCUUAAGGGUGUGGUGGGCGAAGAACCAGGUUCGAUCGGAAUUCUGGUAGCCCCCUUUAUGGAUUUUACAGAUGAAGCAAUAAAAUCGGCCAGGACAUCUCGAUUCCCUAUCAUCUUUACCGACGUAUCCCAUCUUCAAAAAAUUAUCCUUCAUCUUGCCGUCGAUUCAUUAUACCGAAAACCUCGAAGACGUUUCAAUUUUACCUUUUAUUAUGACCUUUCAACCCAUUAA